CGCGACGGGGCCGGCCGACAGGGGAUCGGAGAGCCCAGCGUGUACCAUGCCGUGGUGGUGAUUUUCCUGGAGUUCUUUGCCUGGGGUUUACUGACCACCCCGAUGCUAACGGUCUUACACCAGACUUUUCCUCAGCAUACGUUCCUGAUGAAUGGCCUGAUUCAUGGAGUCAAGGGUUUGCUUUCUUUUCUAAGUGCCCCACUGAUUGGUGCUCUCUCUGAUGUCUGGGGCAGGAAAUCCUUCCUCCUCCUCACUGUCUUCUUUACAUGUGCGCCAAUUCCCCUUAUGAAGAUCAGUCCAUGGUGGUAUUUUGCUGUCAUUUCCAUGUCUGGAGUCUUUGCUGUCACGUUUUCUGUGAUUUUUGCCUACGUUGCUGAUAUCACACAGGAACAUGAGCGCAGCACGGCGUAUGGCUUGGUGUCAGCCACAUUUGCUGCUAGUCUGGUCACAAGCCCAGCCAUCGGUGCAUACCUUUCCCAAGCCUAUGGUGAUACCCUGGUGGUUGUGCUGGCUUCAGGUGUUGCUUUGCUGGAUAUUGGUUUCAUCCUACUGGCUGUGCCAGAAUCCCUGCCAGAAGAGAUGCGCCCAGUCUCCUGGGGAGCUCCAAUCUCUUGGGAACAAGCAGACCCAUUUGCUUCCUUGAGGAAAGUGGGUCAGGAUUCUACAGUGCUGCUCAUCUGUAUCACCGUCUUUCUCUCCUACCUUCCUGAAGCUGGCCAGUAUUCCAGUUUUUUCCUGUACUUGCGACAGGUCAUUGGUUUUUCCUCUGAGACUGUGGCAGCCUUUAUUGGUGUAGUUGGAAUUCUCUCUAUACUGGCUCAGACAGUAGUGUUGGGAAUUCUCAUGCGUUCGAUAGGAAAUAAAAACACCAUCCUACUGGGACUGGGCUUCCAGAUCCUGCAGCUUGCCUGGUAUGGCUUCGGAUCACAGCCUUGGAUGAUGUGGGCAGCAGGGGCCGUGGCUGCCAUGUCUAGCAUCACCUUCCCGGCCAUCAGUGCCAUGGUGUCUAGGAAUGCAGACCCUGACCAACAGGGUGUAGUGCAGGGGAUGAUCACUGGAAUUCGGGGUCUGUGUAAUGGCCUGGGGCCAGCUCUCUAUGGCUUUGUCUUCUAUCUCUUCCAUGUUGAGUUGAAUGAGAUGGCUGAGGUGGAAACUUUGGGUAAGGCCUCCAAACCUAACAUGGCCAACCCGACGGAUGAGAGCAGCAUUAUCCCAGGGCCUCCGUUCCUGUUUGGGGCCUGUUCUGUCCUACUGUCGCUCCUGGUGGCCUUGUUCAUCCCAGAACACAACCUUGCACUGAGAUCAGGCAGCCACAAGAAACACAGUAACGGAGCCCAGACCCAUGCCCACAGCCCACAGGCUGGAGGCUCGGAUGGCAAGGAGCCCCUGCUGGAGGACAGCAGCGUAUGAGGUUGGGAGAGGAGGACCUGGCUUGCGUCUCAACUCCAGAUCGAGGAUGGACUUAGCCGGUUGGGGCCUGGGGAGAGAGGGUGGGAGGCGAGAAGAAACGAGGUAACAGACUGUACCACUAACAGCUCAUGGGAAGGGAAAGGGUUUCCCUUCAAGCCAAAUAUACCCAGCUGGUGCAAAAAUGGAAUUGUAUCAUCUGGUGCGGAUGGAAAGGGGAGAUACUGAGCUGCUCCGCAUGAAGGGAUAGCUGUUUAAAGCCAACCUGCCCUUGUUGUGAACACUGAACUUCACGGUGUGACCUGCCAAAUACUCAGCCCGCCAGUGAAAAAUUAAGGAGCUAGCAUUGUCUUUGUUCUAAUGUGAACUAACUCAUGUGCCAGCCAGAAUAAAACAAGGCAUCUGUUACAUGCCCCCGUCCCCUUAUGUAACUGGUACUUGCUGCUGAUCCCAUCACAGCCGAGCUGGCUAACCUCAGCACGGGAGAGGCUUGGAAGCUGUUAUGCAGUUUAAGCAGCCCAUGCUCUGAUAAUACACCAGUAAAAACUGUCUGCAUGUGUGAAGAAUAGAUAGCAUAGCCAACACCUGCAAGUAGAUCCUCGCUCCUUGAGGAUGUGUUGAAUUUGCCCGUUCUGGUCCAAGUGAUUAGACAAUAAAUUGGUUCUGUUCUUAGUUCACAAGGGAGAAGGGGCAGAUGAUAGAGGCGAUUUUAUGAAUUACAGAUGCUUAGAUGGUCAGCAACAUUUGUAUUUCUGGUUGGUGGGUUUGCUUGGUUUGGCUUUUGUUACAGGGAUGUAACAUUUGUCUGUCACUACCUCCGCAGGUGGUAGGUAGAAGGAUUUUUUGGAAACCUUUUUGUGGAACUGGAAAGGUUGUUUAGAAAAUAGUUAUUUGAAAGGCUGGAGGAACAAGCAAACUCUGCUAAGCACUUUGUUCAAGUGUGGCUUCCUGAGAGAAAGGUCAGAGAAAUAGCUGUUGAGCACUUUUUAUAAAGCAUGUUGUUUUUUUUCCCCAGACUCUGGCCAUCUUGAUAUUAAAUAAUGAGUGCGGUUUGUUUUUCUCGGUCCAAAAGA